UCCUCCAAAGUUCCCUUUAAACAUUAGAAAAUCAGAUCAUAGAACAUAAUAAUUUACAUGGUAGAAUUUCUUGGUUAUUUGUUAAAUUUUUAUUUGUAUCUUUUCUCAAUAUUUAAUUAACGACUUUAUGCGAAAUCAGAUUGCCUCCGAAAUCGAAAGUAUUACAUGAAAUCAAGCAGGAGAGCUCUGUCAAUUUUGGACCAAUGCCUCACAAUGGCGCAUAUCAGGCAAACUCAAUCCCACCUCACAGUUUCCGGCACCCUUUUCGAUCCUUACGCAGCUGCCAAGAUCAUCGCCUUCUGUUCCGAAUCGAACUCCGGCGAUUUACGCCAUGCAUUUCGACUCUUCCGCCACAUGCCACACCGGACCACCUACAUUUGGAACGUCAUGAUCAGAGCUUUCGCCGAGAGAAAUGAGUCUACGAGAGCUCUCUCUCUCUACAACGACAUGAUUCAAAGCGGCCUCCUGCCCAACAACUACACUUUCUCCUUUCUUCUUCGAGCUUGCGCCGACCUCUCAUAUCUGUCAAUGGGUUUGUUGCUCCAUUGCCAUGCAAUCCGGUUGGGGUGGGAGUCGUACGAUUUUGUGCAGAAUGGGUUGAUCCAUUUGUAUGUGACUUGUGAUUCCAUAAACCCAGCUCGGAAACUGUUCGAUAUGAGCGUUUAUAAAGAUGUUGUUACCUGGACUGCGUUGAUUAAUGGGUACGUGAAGUCGGGCCAAGUUGAGGUUGCACGGGAGCUGUUCGAUGAAAUGCCUGAGAAGAAUGCAGUUUCGUGGAGCGCUUUGAUUAAUGGGUAUGUGCAAGUUGGGUUGUUCAGUGAGGCUUUGGAGCUUUUCGUCGAUAUGCAGGUUUCUGGGGUUUUGCCUAACCAUGCCGGGAUUGUUGGUGCACUCACUGCUUGUGCUUUCCUUGGUGCACUGGAUCAAGGAAGGUGGAUACAUGCGUAUGUGAGCAGGAAGGGGAUGAAAUUAGAUAGAGUGUUGGGCACUGCUCUUCUCGACAUGUACACAAAGUGCGGUUGUGUUGAAACUGCUCAUGCUGUGUUUAAUGAGAUGCCGAGUAGGGAUGUCUUUGCUUUCACUUCUUUGAUUUCGGGGCUUGCAAAUAGCGGUGAAAGUGAGAGCGCCAUAUCGUUGUUUGCGAGAAUGCAGAAUGAAGGAAUUGCGCCCAAUGAAGUUACAUUCAUAUGCGUGUUGAGUGCUUGCAGUCGGAUGGGUUUGGUGGACGAGGGAUUGCGAAUCUUUGAAAGUAUGAGUAACAUUUUCGGGAUACAGCCAGGGGUCCAGCACUAUGGUUGUUUGGUUGAUUUACUGGGAAGAGCUGGUAUGCUAGAAGAGGCAAAGAAAGUUGUGAGAGAGAUGCCCAUGGAACCAGACUCGUACGUCUUGGGUGCAUUGCUCAAUGCUUGUAGGGUUCAUGGAGAUGUCGAGUUAGGUAAAGAAAUGGUCGAGCGCUUGUCUGGGAAAAGCUUAGACCACAGUGGCGUGCGUGUUCUUCUUUCAAACAUCUACGCCUCCGCCAACCAGUGGGACGAUGUCACAAUGCUGAGGAAGGGAAUGGAGGAGAAAAAGGUGAGAAAGGUGCCAGGAUGUAGCUCGCUCGAAGUCAAUUGCGAGGUUUUUGAGUUUGUUGCCGGAGACAGGUCGCAUGUGCUCAUGGACGAAAUCACGUUGGUGUCGCUUGCGAUUGACAAGCAUUUGAAGUCUUUUUGGAUUGAUAGGGAUGAUGACAAACUAACUGAAUAACUCAAGUUUUAGCAGAGUUGGUUUCCUCUUUUACAAACUAAUUCAUCAUGGAGGAUGUCUAUUUAGGGUUGUCGUAGGAGGCAAUUUCAAAAAUCAGAGAAAUCGAAAUUUGUCAACUGCUACGAUGAAGAUCCGUGAAAGAACUAAACCAAUACUGCGCCAUUGAAACGAGGACAUUGUCCUCGGAGCCAGAGAGUUCUCUUCUUGAUUCGCAGACAAAGUGAGAGGUCGCAGGGGCGGUUAUUAGGAUGCUGAAUGAUUGGUCCGCUGUGGAACAUCUGCAUGUCAACUUUACAUAGCUAGGCAGUUGUGGGAUAUUGUGAUACUGGUUCUUGGUAGUACCGGCUGAAAAUCUUAGGCAAAAUGAAGGGUAAAGAUUGAAGUUACCAAAAAUUCCAUGCAUUGAAGACCAAAAGAUCCACAUACGGAUUCGUAUCAGAAAUAUCACCUGGAAGAGUGAAACUCAUGGACACUAUGAUUACUUGCAGGAAGAAGUCUAGCUAACAGGUACCUAACACGAUUGUCGAUUAUUAGAGCUAUGUCUACAUGUUUCAAAACUCAGUUUACAAUCACCUGAAAAUAAGGUACCGAUUAAAACGACGAGACAUUUACCCAACAAUCAACAAUGAUCUCAAAAGUAACAACUAAUUAUAUACCGGGUUGCAGUCCAAGUAGAACAAACACCUCCAAACUCCCAACGAGUCGUUGUCAAUGUCAUACCACUACAGAUACCUUAUAGUUUUUCACCGAACAUGGAAACAUUUUAGUUUUUGGUUAAGUGAUCGUGGUUAUUUCUAAGCCUCGAAUUAAUCUUUGGUCUAAUCUCUCCUUAUUGCAGAUUUGGCUAAAUGAAAUAAGAUUUACAACUGAAUUCCCUACUUUGAGAGUUAGAACUAUCAUCUGCCUUCACAACGGUUAAAACUCGACCUCUCCAUUUAUAGCUCACCUGCAACCCAUAACCCAUCUCCUUAUGACCUAACAAUCUGUUGAUGGUUAUGAACCAUCACCUCCCGUAAUUUAGCUGGCCUCAUAUCCUAUAACUCCCAAGUUCAUUCUCUAUCACUAACGGAAGGCUCACUCUGCAAACACAUUAAGAAGCUCAUCUGUCACCUACGAAUUGAUAAACCAAACAAUUUAAAGCUAUUGUGGCAACAUAUUCUGCGCAAUUUGAAGUAUGUUAUCUGGUUCAUCCAGAUCUUCCCAAUCAAAGUGCUAACAACAACUAAAUAACCCAGCCUGCUAUAGAUCAUAUGUUUCAAAUAUAAAGUAAUCUUUCAUAGGAAACAAAGACAGCAAACAUAGCCAUAUAAAGUAAGAAAAUUCAAAUUUGACACCAAUAUGCUCAGCAACUACCCAAUGGACAUCAAAUUCAAUAGAGAUAACCCACCAACACUUAUACUCGUCCUCCUAUUCCUCCCCAUCCAAGUAAGAGACGAGAUUGACACCCCAAUAACCAUGAAAAUCAAUCGCGUCGUCAUAAAGCAAGAUGAAGCUGAAGGAAGACAAUAAAACAGGAAUACAUUCUUUCACCUUUGCCAACAAUACAUGCGUUUGAAAUGGAAAUUUAGACAUUGCGGAAAACCAAUCAUCUCUCCAAUUCUUCCGAGGAAUGCCAAUUCCCUAGACGGCUAAAAACGGUUAAGAAAGCCCCCCAGAAUAAGCUGUGUUCUAAUAGUAAGGGUUUAAUGCUCAACAUCUUCAACAUUAUGGAUAUGCAUGCCCAAUUCCCAUCCACCACCAGCAUCAAUCGAUGAAUCGAAGGUAAAAAUAAUUUCGAGCAUAUAACAACGUGCAACAACAUUUCAAAUGUAGUAUCAUUAUAUAUAUAUAGAUAAAGAGUGAGAUGACAAUAAUUAAGUCGUAAUUCGAUAAAUACAGACCACGGCGUACGAUUUAAGCUUAUUUGAUCGCCAACCCACCACACAGUCACAAAGUUCUCAUCGUCCAAGGGAAACAUUUUUGUUUAAUUAUAAGAUAUUUAUAGAAUUACCAAUUUGCCGUCAUCAUCAUCAUGAUAUUCACACGGCGGCGGCAGCUUCCUUGACUGUAGACGGUGGUGGGGAAACGGAGUCAGCGGUCACCUCCGGAAUCUUGACAUAACCCAUCUUCUUAGGGC